AUGACUAAACUAAGAGAUAAUUAUGAAAAAGCUCAACAAAAAUUAGAAACAGCUGAUGCCAAUUUAAAAAUGUUUCUGUUUUUAUUAUUUAAAAUAAAAAAUGUUCUAAUUAUUUUGUUAAGAUUUCAUGCACGAUCUGAUCGUUUAAUAUUAGCAAAUUUUGAUGAACGUUUACGUGAAUUAGAAGAUAUUCGUUGUGAAUAUGAACAAUCUCGAACAUUAUCACGUGAUAUAUAUGCAACUGAAACAUAUAAAACAGCUAGAAAUCAAUUUUAUAAUAAUAUAUCUCGAUAUUUAUCAUCAAAAAUGCCUGAAAUUGAACAAAGAUUAGAAAAUGAUGAUUUAAUUCCAUUAUUUAGUUAUGAUCUUAUAAAACAUUGUUCAAAAAGAAAAGAUACAUUAAUUGCUUAUCCAAUUAAAAUAUGUAUUCAUCUAUUAGAGAAUAGUUUAAAUGAAGAAGAUCUUUUUUGUAUUGCACCAUUACAAGGAAAACAAAAAAACAUUGUUGCUGAACUUAAUUUACAAACAAUUGAUAGGGAAACAACAUUAAAUGAACUUAAUUAUGAUCAACAUGUUCUUGCAAGUACACUUAAACAAUAUUGA